GGAAGUUUCUCGUAGUAGAGUUUUGAGUGGGGGAGUUUCCAUUCGCCGGGAAAGCCAGUAUUUUCUUAAACAAAUGGACCACCCCUUGACAUUCCGCUUUCAAGUAAUAGUUGCAGUUCGUGCACAUUUUUUGGCAACUGAAAGCCCACAUCAAGCUUCAGCUUUUCCUGCACAAUUUAGAUGGGCAAGAAGCAACACUUGGAUUGGAUUUCUAAGUCCAUUGUUUCCUCUGGCAGUGAGAGUGUCUCUCUUCUCAAUAAGGAGCCAAAGAGGAAAGCAAACGAAGACCAGUCAACAAAUGGUCUUGUGACAGACCUUGAGCAUGGGGAUGCAGUAGAGGCAGCCAAUAUUGGAUUUGGUCGAAUUUUGUCACUUGCAAAACCUGAUGCUGGCAAGCUAAUUAUUGCCACUAUUGCACUAUUGAUAGCAUCCACAACAAGUGUUCUGAUUCGUAAAUUUGGUGGAACAGUAAUUGACAUUGUAUCAACAGAAAUAAGAACUCCUGAGCAGCAAUCUGAAGCUUUGAAUGCUGUCAAAAGUACUGUAUUGGAAAUAGUUAUAAUAGUUGUAGUUGGUUCUAUCUGCACGGCGAUUCGUGCAUGGUUGUUUUCUUCUGCUAGUGAAAGCGUAGUAGCUCGUUUGAGAAAGAACUUGUAUAGUCACCUUAUCCAUCAGGAAAUAGCCUUCUUUGAUGUUACUCGGACAGGGGAACUACUAAGCAGGCUAUCUGAAGACACUCAGAUUAUUAAAAAUGCUGCAACUACCAAUCUAUCUGAAGCACUCAGAAAUCUAUCAACUGCAUGUAUUGGUAUUGUCUUCAUGGUUUACUUGUCUUGGAAGUUAACGUUGUUGGCUUUGGUUGUUGUACCUGUUAUCUCGGUUGCCGUAAAAAAAUUUGGGCGUUAUCUUCGUGAACUUUCACACACAACUCAAGCUGCAGCUGCAAUAGCUGCCUCGAUUGCUGAGGAAUCUUUUGGAGCUAUCCGAACAGUUAGAUCUUUUACUCAAGAGGGCAAUGCAAUUUCAAAUUACUCGGAAAAAGUUGAUGAGACACUGAACCUUGGAAUCAGACAAGCAAGAAUAGUCGGUCUAUUUUUUGGAGGGCUUAAUGCAGCAUCCACAAUGGCUGUUAUCAUAGUGGUUAUUUAUGGAGCCUACUUGACAAUAACGGGCUUCAUGACAGCAGGCUCUCUUACAUCUUUCAUUCUUUAUAGCCUCACAGUUGGCUCCUCAGUAUCCUCUUUAUCAGGAUUAUACACAACUGCAAUGAAAGCUGCAGGAGCAAGUAGAAGGGUAUUUCAGCUCCUGGAUCGUGUCUCAUCCAUGACAAGUUCAGGAGAUAAGUGUCCAACGAGAAAUCCAGAUGGGGAUGUGGAAUUAGAUGAUGUCUGGUUUGCUUAUCCUUCUCGCCCAAAUCAUAUGGUACUCAAGGGUAUAACAUUAAAGUUAAGGCCUGGUUCCAAGGCUGCUCUUGUUGGUCCAAGUGGUGGUGGAAAAACCACAAUUGCAAAUUUAAUCGAAAGGUUUUACGACCCUCUUAAGGGAAGAAUUUUGCUGAAUGGAGUUUCAUUGGUAGAAAUAUCUCAUGAAUAUUUACACAAAAAGGUUAGUAUAGUGAGCCAGGAGCCUGUUCUUUUCAACUGUACAGUGGAAGAGAAUAUUGCAUAUGGUUUAAAUGGAAAAGCCAGUUUGUCUGAAAUAGAACUGUAGCUGUAAUUGGCAAUGCAGAAAAUGGCCAAUGCACAUGAGUUCAUUGAAAAAUUCCCAGAAAAAUACAAAACCAUAGUUGGAGAACGUGGGUUGAGGCUGUCAGGAGGUCAGAAACAGAGAGUAGCAAUUGCAAGAGCACUGUUAAUGGACCCAAGAGUUCUGCUUCUUGAUGAAGCCACAAGUGCUCUGGAUGCUGAGAGUGAAUUCCUUGUUCAGGAUGCAAUGGAUUCUCUAAUGAGGGGCAGGACUGUUCUCGUUAUAGCACACAGGCUUUCAACUGUGAAAAGUGCAGACAGUGUGGCUGUCAUAUCCGAUGGGCAGAUAGCUGAAAAUGGAACGCAUGAAGAGCUUCUCACCAAGCAUGGCAUUUACACUGCACUUGUUAGGAGGCAAGUACAAGGAUUUGCAAGUGCAAAGCUAGAAUUAGAAUGAUCAAAACAUAUACAUAAGAAAUGGUAUAUGGGACAAAUUGAUUAUUAUGAAGUGAGAUUCAAUGUAGUUUGGAUUCCUUGGCCGGAGUCCAUUGCUUUAUCUAAUUAGUCAAAAGGAAUCAAUUUUCUUGGCGGAAUCAAUUUUCUUUGGUGAAUCUUAGCAAAUGUUUUUAUUGCUUUAAUUUUUCUUCUUUUUUUAAUUUUUAAUUUUUAAUUUUUAAUUUUAUAUUUGAUUUUGAGAGCUGCCAGAAGAUGUAAAGGUGCAAAAAAACAUUGGUGCAAUUGUAAAGCAGUCAAAAUGAAUGGUAGAAUUACUUGUUGGCUAUUGUCCA